AUGCUAUCGGGCUGCGCGGCGGUCCCCCCCCCAGAGAAAACGGCACAGGGCGGCAGAUACAACGUCAGGCUCUGCAGGAGCCCUGGGCCUCACUUAGGGCUUCCUGUGGAGCAUGAAGUGCUGCUGCUGCCGGGAGAGAGAAAUCCUUUGGGAAGCUGGGAUACAAACAGCAACUCUGUGAAUUGCUCAGCUUUUCAUAGGACAAGGAAAAUCAUUGCCUUGGGUCCAGCGAUGCCAAAUGCGUUGGAGUGUGAGCAGCCACAGGCAACAGGCUCCAGCCCCGAUGACCAGCACUGGGGGCACCUGGUCCUGCCCGUGGGGUGGGUUGCUGUCCAGAAUCUCUCCGACAAAACCUAUUGGAAAGUUAGAGUUUGGCAGGGCUGGGACAAGGAGGACUCGUGCGAGCACCUCCAGAGACAGCGGGAACGGGAGCGUGCUGCAGAGAAGGAAAAUUCCAGGAAGUGGGCUGUGACAAGGGGAUGUCCUCCCACUAGGCUGAGGAUCAGGGUAGGCUCUGCCCAGGGGACGACUGCCACUGCUGGACAGGGAAGAGCACCUUUGCCCCCACCCCCGGCAAACUGGGAAGGAGUAACAUCUGCCUGCAGCUGGCUGGAGUUCCUGUUGGCUCUGGGCUUUCUGUCCAUGGGCCGGGGUUCAUGGCCAGAGUCCUUCAAACCUGGGGAACAGUGGCCUUCACACCAUCCCUGCAGCCCGUCCAGCGCAGGCUGUUGCUCAUCGGCCCCUGAUCGCAGGUGGAUAUGGAAGUGAUGGUGUUUAGGGAAUGCUGAUUGUA